UUUUUUUUCAACCAAAAAAAAUCAUCCCAUUUAGAUUACUCGUCUUUUGUUUAUAAAAUAAGGAAAUAAAAUCAUUUGACAAUUUAAUAAAAUUUAAUAAUAUUGUGAAAAAAAGAAAAAAAUGUCAAUUAGAUGUUUUUGAAGCAGUGAAAAUUUUAUUAGGUCAGGGGAAAUAGUGCCAUCAUUGUCUUGAAAGAAUAAAUAAAAAAAUGUUUGUUAAUGUAAAUGAAAAUAAACGGAGGAAACUAUCAUCCUCCAACUGGGAUUCAAGUAAUGGACCUAAGACAAGAUCACAAAUUACAUCACUCACAUUGGAUACAUUGCCUCCAGAAGUUUUGGAAAUGAUUAUAAAAUUGCUACCCUACCAAACUGUGGCAUCAUCUGUUCGUCUUAUUUCUAGGCAUUGUAUGGCUAUUGCAACUUCAGUUUUAAAUGGUGCAUUUUUUUCAAUGGGCCAGCGUUUAAGCUACGCACUUUCAUGUGCUAAUACAAAAAAAUUAACGAUAAAAAAUGUACCAGAUAUUCUUAUAUGCAGUAGAACUUAUGACAUAUUAGAAUCAUUAAAUGCUCAAUGGCGAAUGCUAAGAACAAUAACAUGGCGUUAUACUCAUCCACCAAGACCGGAUAGAUUUUAUCGUUUAUGUUUUUAUGCUGGUGAUCUUCUUGACAGACUUCAUUAUCUUAUUUAUCUUGCUUGGUAUAAUCCAGUUGUUUUACUUGGAUUAAAUACACCUGAUUCUGAUGUUCAUAAUUUUUGUAUUCUUUGCAAACGUUUUAUGAAUUAUUUUGAAAAAUAUUCAGAAAAAAAGCUCAAUAGAUCUGCAUUGAUAUCAGGCUGCAAAAUUGUUGAUAUAUUGGAUUGCUUGAUUGAAGGACGACAAGUAUUAUCUUAUCGUUUGACAAAAGGACGUGGUAAUCGUGACAGUAUUGUUUGUAUGCAAAUACAAUAUGCCAUACCACGUGCUUGGUUCACAUGUCUUUCAGUACCAUGUGCUUUUAAUGAAAAUUCUUGGAGAGAUGCACAACGUUUUAUGUAUUUACGAUUACGUCGACUUGUUGGAAGUGUAAAUGAACAUCAUUUAGAACGUGUACAUUAUCAACGACGACUUGAUCUUAAUUUGCCAUUAUUAGAUACACCAAGAAGACCAAUGCCAUCAACCUAUUCUGGUUAUGGAGAAUAUGGUGGACAAUUUUUUUACUAUGGUAAUAUGAAUAAAUAUGCUUAUGUAAGUAAACAACGACACGGAAUAAUUGAUUACAAUGAUAAUGGUAAUGAAUCAAAAGAUAAUAGAACAACAAAAAAUUGCAAAUUAAUCAUAACAAUUGAAUUACGUUGUUCAAUUGAACUUGCUCCACUUGCUGUUAGAUCACAACUUAAAUCUGAUGAUAUUGAUAAUAGUCUUCCACUGUCACAUGAUCCUGAACUAUAUAUAAAAAUGAAUGUCGCUUGCCCAGCAUCAAUUAACAAUCGACUACCAUCACAUUUUACAUGGGAACAACGAGCAUCACCACGUCGACAUAGAUAUCGUUCUCUUGCUCUUUGAUUUUAAUAUUUUAUACUUUAUUUUGUUUUUUUUUUUUUUUGGACCAAUUUUUAAAAAGAAUAAAUAAAAACAAAAUAUAUGAAUA